AUGCCGGAACCAUUGGCAAUCGUGACCGCUGUCGCGACUUUGGUGACAAACGCCUACAAGCUUUGCGGCGGACUUUACCAGACGAUCGACGAGAUUAACCAGGCUCCCAAACACCUCCUCUUCCUCUCUCAAGAUCUCAGAGCCUUCUACACUGUCCUUGGAACGCUCGAGACCCACCUACAGGAACAUGACUUCUGCCCCAAUGUUCUCCAUCCAGCUGCGCUUGCCGACCCGAAUGGACUCUUGGAGGAUUGUGUGAAAGUUUUGAAAGCUCUGCAGAGAAUUGUUAAGAAAUUCAUUAAACAUGAUCGAGCGCCGAAGUUAGAGCCGCAACAUUCCACGCCGUCUGGAAGUAAACUGCUCAAGCAGGCCAACUCUGCUGAGCCUGAUGCCGCCACAAGACAAUGGGGAUAUGAUCUCGGCACUUGGGACAAGGUCAAACUCGUCUUCCUUGAAGACGAGGUAGCCAGGCUACGUGCCCACCUUGCCGACACCAAUGCCACAAAAGCCAUCGUCAAUCGGAUUGAACAAGAAGUGCUUGAGACGAAGAAGCAGGUUGAGCGUUUGUUGAUCGCCUUGGAAAGGGCAGAAAACCGCCACAUCGAGCGUGGAGUGAUCCUGAAAAACUACCAUUCAACACUCCGACGUUUGGCACCUUCUGCCGACUCGAUUACAAGUGCAACAUCUUUCGCAAACCCCCCAACUCCUAGUGCAAUCCUCACUCUUCCGCUAUCCGUGCUGUCUGUUUCUGGUCGGCUGAGCUCUGCACCUCCCGAGCCCUCCCGAGCCGCACCUGAAAGCUUCUCGAGCUCUUCAACCGACCAUACUGCAGUAGUUAGGUUGUUAAUAGAAUCUAGCAAACCAUCUAUCCAGUCCGCAGAAGUUGGUGGAGCUCUUCAUAGGGACGGAAAGGCUGACAAAGUCUUUGUUCGCUCCGAGUACGAAUCUUUCCAGGUCUUUGUCAACGGCAUUGAUAAGUCAUCCGUCGCCAUGUGGGUGGACUCGCAAACCAUGGUUGAUGCUCUGAAGAGUCGUCUUCAAGACCGGACUGGGGUGCCUGCAGACCGGAUCUACGUUACCUUUCGCGGGAAGUUGAUGUGGGACGGGGAUCAGCUUGGGAAAUACGGGGUCAAUCAUCUUUCGACACUACACGCCCCCUUACGAGCAGUAGCAAGAGGUGCAGAAUUCCCGAUUUGGGAAGCCGAAGCAGCCGGAGCGGAUGGCCGCCUGCUCACCCGGUCAGUAGAUGGUCUCGCCCCUUCCUCGGCGUCCACAGGAGAGCAUUCUCUCGGCUGGUACCGGAGACGUGAGUAUGCAUGGCGGCGCGUGUUCUCUCUGCGCCUGCCCACCGUCUUCCACACGGAUUCAAGGGAGAGGAGUGUUUUCACCGUAGACUUCUUUGUGCGCCGCCGCUUGAGUGGAGAAGUGAACCGAGGAAAGAGGUCUGACAGACAGGUAUGUUAA